ACAAUGAAUAAAACCUAUAAAAGGCUUGGCAAAUUGGAUUCAGCCUCUUUUCUUCACACAAGACAUGCAUAAAAGCUGAUGAGACGGAACCUGAUAAAGAAGUGUACCUGAAGAAAUCUACUUUGUUGGGAGGUUCUCAGCCCAGAUAAAAAUAUGUUGGUCCGCAUCUGGCUUCUCUGCAGUCUGAGUAUUGUUGUUACCCCACAGAAUGUCACAGAACAAGCCCAAAUAUUUCUGACUGAGUUUAAUAUAAAAGCAGAAGAUAUCAGCUAUGAAAGCUCCCUUGCCUCAUGGAACUACAAUACCAACAUUACUGAAGAGACAUCCAUGAAGAUGAACGAGGCGGAUGCCAAGUGGUCUGCAUUUUAUGAUGAAGCCUCCAGGAAUGCCAGCAAUUUCCCAUUAGCUAACAUUACAGAUGAUCUCAUCAGACUCCAAAUUCAAUCUCUCCAGGACAGAGGAUCAUCUGUGCUAUCAUCAGAAAAAUAUACCAGACUGAGCACUGUAUUAAAUACAAUGAGUACCAUCUACAGUACUGGGACUGUCUGUAAACCUAGUGAUCCAUUUAACUGUUUGGUGCUGGAACCAGGUCUGGAUGCUAUUAUGGCUGACAGCACUGAUUAUCAUGAGAGACUGUGGGCUUGGGAAGGCUGGAGAGCUGAUGUUGGCAGGCUGAUGAGACCAUUAUAUGAAGAGUAUGUUGAUCUUAAAAAUGAGGCUGCAAAGCUUAAUGGUUAUUCUGACUAUGGAGAUUACUGGAGAGCAAAUUAUGAAGCAGAUUAUCCAGAGGCGUAUAAAUACAGCCGUGACCAGCUGAUUGAAGAUGUGGAAAAGACAUUCGAGCAGAUAAAACCUUUAUACGAGCAGCUGCAUGCCUAUGUGAGGCACAGGCUGGAGCAGUUCUAUGGCCCAGAACUCAUCAGCUCAACAGGAUGCAUCCCUGCUCAUCUGCUCGGUGACAUGUGGGGUAGAUUUUGGACAAAUCUGUAUGCCUUGACUGUUCCCUAUCCAGCCAAACCAAAUAUUGAUGUAACUUCUGCAAUGGUUGAAAAUAACUGGGAUGUCCUCAAAAUAUUCAAAACCGCUGAGGCCUUCUUUGCCUCUGUUGGGCUCUACAAUAUGACCGAGGGCUUCUGGAAUAACUCCAUGCUCACAGAGCCGACUGAUAACAGGAAGGUUGUUUGCCAUCCUACAGCAUGGGAUAUGGGGAAAGAGGACUACAGGAUCAAGAUGUGCACCAAAGUGACUAUGGACGACUUCCUGACGGCGCAUCAUGAGAUGGGCCACAUCGAGUAUGACAUGGCAUACUCUCACCUGCCUUACUUGCUGAGAAGUGGGGCGAACGAGGGAUUCCAUGAAGCCGUUGGCGAAAUCAUGUCACUCUCUGCAGCUACGCCUCAGCAUUUGAAAUCUCUUGGCCUCUUAGAGCCAACUUUCCAAGAGGAUGCAGAAACUGAAAUCAACUUUCUGCUCAAGCAAGCCCUAACGAUUGUUGGAACAAUGCCUUUUACCUACAUGCUGGAGAAAUGGAGGUGGAUGAUGUUUAACGGUAAAAUUACAAAGCAGGAAUGGAUGAAGCGGUGGUGGGAGAUGAAGAGAGAAAUAGUUGGUGUGGUCGAGCCAGUCCUUCAUGAUGAAACCUACUGUGACCCUGCAGCACUGUUUCACGUGGCCAACGAUUACUCCUUCAUAAGAUAUUACACCCGGACCAUUUAUCAGUUCCAGUUUCAGGAAGCACUUUGCAAGGCAGCUGAACAUACUGGCCCUCUUCACACAUGUGACAUUACCAAUUCCACAGCAGCUGGUCAGAAUUUGAGACAAAUGCUUGAAUUAGGCAGAUCCAAGCCCUGGACUCAAGCACUAGAAAGCAUAACAGGAGAGAAGUAUAUGAAUGCAACGCCCUUGCUCAACUACUUUGAGCCUUUAUUUAAUUGGCUGCAAAAAAACAAUUCUGGCAGAUCUGUUGGUUGGAAUACAGCCUGGACUCCAUAUUCUGACAACGCCAUCAAAGCACGCAUCAGCCUGAAAGCAGCACUGGGGGACGAGUCGUAUGACUGGAAUACAAGUGAGCUCUUCUUGUUCAAGUCAUCCAUUGCCUAUGCUAUGAGAAAAUAUUUCUCAGAGGUGAAGCAUGAAGAAGUUGACUUCCAGAUUGCAGACAUCCAUGUUGGGGAGGAGACACAAAGGAUCUCCUUCUACUUUACUGUCAGUAUGCCAGGUAAUGUCAGUGACGUUGUUCCCAGAGCUGAUGUGGAGAGUGCCAUCAGGAUGUCUCGGGGACGGAUCAGUGAGGCUUUCAAACUGGACGAUACCACGCUGGAGUUUGUGGGCAUACUUCCAACCCUGGCCACACCUUAUGAACCACCAGUCACUGUCUGGUUAAUUAUAUUUGGAGUGGUCAUUAGCCUGGUUGUCAUUGGAGUUGUUGUCUUGAUCAUCACUGGACAGAGAGAUCGAAGAAAGAGGCAGAGAGAAAAAGCAAGUGAAGCAAGAUCAAAGUUCUCAGUGAACCCCUACCAUGAAGAGGGCGAAAACAACCUGGGUUUUGAACUAUCAGAACAGACCUAGACAACAUUUUAGAAGAUGUGUGCAUGGACUAAGGAUUUCUCUUUUUUUUCAUUUCACUUUUAAUAAUGGUGCCUAGCAAGGACCAAAACAAUAAUAGAUGUCAUCAAACAUGAUGGGUUCUGGUAGGUUAUCAAUCUACUCAUUCACAGGCAACAACAACUUGGUGUCAUUUGCUGUUUGUGUUAACAAGAUAAUGUACAAAAAUGCAAGACAUACAUACCCUGUGGCUUUUCUAUGAAUUAUGCAUAUCAUAACACAUACUGCUUGUGCUGCUCUUCAUAAACCUGCUAUAUCCAAUUUCUCUUUUUUUCCUCUGUAAUGAGGGACAAAAUCUUGGAAGUAUAAAGUUGAAUUUAGAUCAAGACAGGUGUAAAAAUAACUCACAUACUCCUGAUGCCCAUGAGGAACAUCUUCAUCUUUCUGGAUGGAGAGCUUAAAACUGUAUCUAAUAGAAAAAAACCUGACCACUGGAAAAACCUUUGUGAAGAACUCUAUUUGAUAGGAAGUAACUGCAAUUUUUUGCACUUUCAGGAAAUCUGAAUCCAUCCAAAAUGAGUACUGAAUGAAGACAAAAAAGCACUGGAACUCUGUUAGAAAUUUGUAACAUAAGUUAUUUUUCCAACUGGUUGCUUGAUAAGUUUUUAAGUCCACAGAUUAGUUUUUGAUAUAAUUUUAUUGAAUAGUGUAGGGGAGUUUAUUUUUUUAUAUGUGUGUGUGCCAGUGGGUUUGCGCAUGUGUAUAUACAUACACAUAAAGAGAAGGAAAACACACCAAGAGCUGGCUAGAAAACAAGAGUUCUGUUUCAUGGAAAAAAUUGAACAUUUCAGCAUUUUGCACUGCUACAAGGUUCAGAGAUCUCAAAAACCCGGAACAAAGCAAAUCAAGAAAAAAGAUCCUUUCUUCUCCUUCCCCUUGCCCCAAAUGACUGCUUCUAGUUAGUCAAAUACUACAGAGGAUUCAUCUUACCUAAGUAUGAUGUCAUGUCAUUUUCACUUGUCCUAGAGUCUCCUUUUGAUAUCUUUGCACCCAAUACCAUUGUCCUGCAUCUGCCUCUAGUCUUUGCUCUCCUCAGCCAAUACAUUUUAUGCAAACUCUCAGGACUGUAGCAUGCACUUCAUGCUAAAAAUUCACAAAGCAAUGUGACAAUUUACAAGAAAGGCCAAUUGCAAAUUGGCAAUCUCAGCACCUCCCUGUAAUCAGCCAUAAAAUGUUCUUAGUGUUAAAUGUAAAAGCUCCAAGUCAUGGAAAAGCUAAGUAUAACAUUUAAUGUUGUCACUAAUGUGGACUCUUUCUGCCAUGCAAUGAGAUCCUGAAAAAGGUCUAGCCCUCCCUCUGCUACGUGUUGUCAGUGCAGAAGGCAUAAAGACAUACAGAAUGUCCUUUGACACAACAUAAAAUGGGGUUACCACACCGUAGGGAAACCAAUGAUCAGUGCCCAUGUGAAGUCCUGCCCAUUGGGAACAAAACCUUGUACUCUACAAAACAGAAAGAUUGCAGAGCAUCUUAACAAGCAAAGGCAGGUGGAAAAGAUACACAGUCUGAUGUUUGUCUGCUUCUGCACUUCAAAAUUCUGAUACAAGCAUUGGCCAAAUCAGUUUUGCUGUGUUCCUCUCUACUUCAUUCUGACAGACUCAAGCAGCUGGCGUUGGCUUGGCAUGCUCUGGCUUUUCAUCCAAGGUAUUAACUAAGACAUCAGACCUUGUCAUGUGGAGAAGUCACUGUCACAACUACUAUCCACCUUGGGGUGGAAUUUAGAUACCUAAGCAUAGACAUCUAGUACCACUUUAGAUGCUCUAAUAUAUCCUGCCCAAUCUCCAGCUGCUCUUGGAGUGGUGGCAGUGGAAGGUACAGGUGUGCUGAUGUGACAAAUGGCAGAGCUUCAGUCUAGGGGGAUAUGCAUAAACUUGAGGACUGGGCCAAUUAAAAAGAAAAAAACCUCACGAAGCUCAAAAAAGAGAAGUGCAAACUUCGGCAUUUGGAGUGGAAUAACCCCAUGCACUGGUACAGGCUGGGAACAAAGUGGCUGAGCAGCAGCCUUGCUGAAAAGGCCUUGGGAGUUAUGAAGGACACCAGACUGAAUAUGAGCCAACCACACAUUCUUACCAUGAGUGAAAGAAAACCACAAACUGGGAUUGAUUAGGAGGAGCACAGCCAGCUGAUCAAGGGAAGUCCUUAUCUUUCUCUACUUGGUACUGGUGAGACCACACCUGGAACAAUAUUUUGGGAUCCCAGUUUAAGAGGGAUGUGGAGAAACUGGGGCAUUUGCACAGAGGGCCCCCAAAGAUGGUUAAGGACCUACAGCACAUGAUCUAUGAAGAGACACUGAGGAAGCAGGCCUGCUUGAGUCAGAUGAAGAGGAGGCUAGGGAGGAAUCUAGCAGCUGCCUACAACUACUUGAAUUCGGCUCAGUCUUCUUUGUUGUUGUUCUUCUCUGUAGUGCCAGUCUAUAUAACAGGGGGUACUGGAUUGAAGCUUGGAUGUUCAGGUUAGACCUGAAGAGGUAGUUUCCCUAGGUAGUGCAGCACUGGAGCAGGCUGCCUGUUCCAGGCUGUGAGAGUGGCUGUAGGAUCUCCAGCCUUGGAAGUUUUCAGAACUCAGCUAGGCAAAGGCAUGGCUGAUUGAGUGUGGAGAUAGUCCCACUCUGAGCAGAAGGUUAGACUAGAUGACCUCCAGAGAUCCCUUCUAAACAGCAUUUCUAUCAUUCUGAGUCUUAUAGGUCCCAUGCUGUGCCUGUGACCAUGCCAGUACAGAUGUUCUGUACACAACAGGGUCAUUGAAAGCCACGAGGUGUCUACUCAAUCCCACUCCUCUAGACAAAGAACCAGUAGCAAACAAAGGGCUAAGGCUUGCGUGAAGAAGGUUCACCAAAUGCAUGAUGCCUUCUUAAACUUAUGUGUGUUCAAAACUGUGACAGAAAUUGGAGAAAGCAGUCCAAUAUAUGGCUGAAAACAUGCAA